CCACACUCUUCAGACUCGUGAUUUUCUGCCUGUUCUGCCCGCUCGCGCAAGUCCCGGCCGUGCGAUUUGGAGUUUUUGCGCGUGAGCUGCUGCAAUCGCCGAAUCACCUGCGCCGCAUUUAGUCAGUCACCCGCCCGCCCGUCCGCAUCGCCUCCACUCGUGACUCGUGACUCGCGAUUCGUGACUUCUCGAUCGUGAAUCUUGCCUUUGCCUGCUGUCCAGGACGUUCGCCAUAUUAGCGUUCAGUUGUUCCUUUCUCAAACACGAUCAUCUAGCGGCAACAUUGAUCCACUGCACUUUCAUACCUCACCUCAGCCGCCCCUUCUCAUCGCCGAUCUAUAACGCGCAAGCUCGCCACAGCCAGCUUGACCCAUCACACAGCGCCUCACAAUGUCGGACAAAGCCAUGCACGGAGAUGAGGUGGCAAAGCACAACAGCGAAGAGUCGUGCUACGUCAUUGUUCACGGACAAGUGUACGAUGUGACCGAAUUCCUGCCAGAACAUCCAGGAGGUAAAAAGAUCAUCUUGAAGUAUGCGGGCAAAGAUGCUACCGAAGAGUACGACCCCAUCCACCCGCCCGGUACGCUGGAGGAGAAUUUGCCAAAGGAGAAAUGCUUGGGCAAGGUGGAUAUGAGCACUGUGAAGAAGGAGGAGAAGAAGGAAUCGGCAGAAGACAAGCAGGUGGCCAAGGCUAAAGAUGAGCUGCCGCCGCUCGAGCUCUGCUUGAACUUGUACGACUUUGAGGUGAUCGCGAAGAAGGUUCUCAAGGCACCUGCUUGGGCUUACUACUCGUCUGGUGCCGAUGACGAGGUGACGAUGCGAGAGAACAACAAUGCGUUUGGCAGGAUCUGGUUCCGACCUCGCAUCUUGCGCAACGUUGCCAACGUCGACUUUAGAACGUCAAUCUUGGGCGUAAGGACAUCGAUGCCCAUAUACGUCACCGCCACAGCUUUGGGCAAGUUGGGUCAUCCGGACGGAGAAAAGAAUCUGACGAUCGGUGCUGGAAGGGAGGAUGUGAUCCAAAUGAUCCCAACCUUGGCUUCCUGCAGCUUCGAUGAGAUCGUCGAUGCUCGAGUUCACGAUCAACAGCCUCAAUUCUUCCAGCUAUACGUCAACUCGAACAGGACCAUCACGGAAAAGAUUAUUCGCAAAGCCGAAGAUCGAGGCAUCAAAGCCCUCUUCAUCACCGUCGAUGCACCACAGCUGGGUCGACGAGAGAAGGACAUGAGGGUGAAAUUUGAAGAUGUAGGGUCUCGAGUACAGAAUGAUGGCAAGGAGAAUGUGGACAGGAGCCAAGGAGCGGCUAGAGCCAUCUCCAGCUUCAUCGACCCUUCCCUCAACUGGGACGAUCUCAAUUGGCUGCGAAGCGUCACUCGUCUGCCCAUCAUCCUAAAGGGUGUGCAGACUUGGGAAGAUGCUGUGCGCGCGGCAGAGUUGGGUCUAGGAGGUGUAGUCCUCAGCAACCACGGAGGGCGACAGCUAGACUUUGCGAGAUCGGGCAUCGAGGUGCUAGGAGAAGUGGUUGAAGCGCUCAAAGCUCGCAACCUCUUCCCCAACCCCAUGUUCCAAAUCUUUGUGGAUGGUGGUGUUCGUCGAGCAUCAGACGUGCUCAAGGCUGUAGCUAUGGGAGCGACAGCUUGCGGUAUCGGAAGACCCUUCCUUUACAGCUACGCCGCUUACGGACCGGACGGUGUGCAGCACGCCAUCAAAUUGCUCAAGGCAGAGAUGGAAAUGAACAUGAGACUCAUUGGUGCACCUAUGCUCAAGGACCUCGUACCUGAAAUGGUCGACACGAGAAGCUUGCACCAGCACAUUAGCGCUACGCCAGAUUCCAACCAAAGCCAAAUCUACGAGCGUUUGAGCACGGCGGUGGGCACUGUCAACAAACUCUAGUCGACCCAUGGGUGCCAGAGACUCCACUGUUCGAUCGCUACCUCCAUUCUUGUCCCUGGAUCAGCUCUACUCGAGCGAUGUCCUGCAUGUCACCCGUUGCUGCUUGGGGAACUUCUUUAUGCUCGAGUUCCACCUUAGUUGGAAUGUGAAUCACUUUCGUCAUUCACGAUUGUCUAUGAGUGUGGCGUCGCUUACAUCCGCUUCGUGCCGUUGCAAUGGACUUUCGAAUCAGAUAUCGAAAUCGGAAUCU